AUGGCCCAUCUAGGAGCCUUGAUCUACAUGGCCCAUCAGAGAGAGCCUUGCCCAUCUACAUGGCCCAUCGGCCUUGCCCAUCUACAUGGCCCGUCUAGAGAGCCUUGCCCAUCCAUGGCCGUCUCAGAGAGAGGAGCCUUGCCCAUCUGCAUGGCCCAUCUAGAGAGAGGAGCCUUGCCAAUCUACAUGGCCCAUCUAGAGAGAGGAGCCUUGCCCAUCUACAUCGACCAUCUAGAGACGAGCAUCGACCAUCAUCGACCAUCUAGAGAGGGCAUCGACCAUCUAGAGAGACGAGCAUCGACCAUCUACAUCGCCCCAUCUACCAUCUUCUGUGACGAGCAUCUACCAUCUUCUGUGACGCAUCGUCCAUCUACUGUGACGAGCAUCGACCAUCUACAGCGACCAUCUACAGAGACGAGCAUCGAUCAUCUACAGCGACCAUCUAGAGAGACGAGCAUCGACCAUCUAGAGAGACGAGCAUCGACCAUCUACAUCGCCCACGAGCAUCGCCCAUCUAGAGAGACGAGCAUCGCCCAUCAUCGCCCAUCUAGAGAGACGAGCAUCGACCAUCUACAUCGCCCAUCUAGAGCAUCGACCAUCUACAUCGACCAUCUAGAGAGACGAGCAUCGACCAUCUACAUCGUCCAUCUAGAGAGACGAGCAUCGACCAUCUACAUCGUCAAUCUAGAGAGACGAGCAUCGACCAUCUACAUCGUCAAUCUAGAGAGACGAGCAUCGACCAUCUACAGUGACCAUCUAGAGAGACGAGCAUCGACCAUCUACAGUGACCAUCUAGAGAGACGAGCAUCGACCAUCUACAGUGACCAUCUAGAGAGACGAGCAUCGACCAUCUACAGUGACCAUCUAGAGAGACGAGCAUCGACCAUCUACAGUGACCAUCUAGAGAGACGAGCAUCGACCAUCUACAGCGACCAUCUAGAGAGGAGCAUCGACCAUCUAGAGACGAGCAUCGACCAUCUACAUCGCCCAUCUAGAGAGAUGAGCAUCGCCCAUCUAGAGAGACGAGCAUCGCCCAUCGGCCUCGCCCAUCUACAUGGCCCAUCGCAUCGCCCAGCUACAUGGCCCAUCUAG